AUGUGUUUCCAGUGUCACGAAAUCAACGGCAUCUUCUUCCCCGCCGCCGUUUUCAACGCUACUUUUGACGCCUCGGGUUUGAUGGAAAUCAACCACGGUGCCAACCACACUCUGCUUGAGUGGAAAAAGGGCCAAUUCGAACGCUUGAAGGCCUUUAUCCGCCAGGCAUGUUUUGACGAUUCUGCUCGCAGAAACGCCCAGGCUCUUUAUGAAACGAAGCUUCAGGAAUUCUGCUGCCGCCAUUGUCCCUCCUGGGAUGAAGAAGUUGAAGAAGUUGAGGAAGUCGUUUCGGAGAGUCUGAAGCAGGAUGCUAAGACUGAGGAAGAAAGAAUUGAAGAGGAGAAGACUGAAGAGGAAAAGAAUGAAGAAAAUUCCGAUUCUGAGUCUUCCUCUUCUGACGCUUCUUCUGAGUCUUCUGAGGAGGCCCCAGUGGAAUCAUCCAACAACACUUCCCCAGCUUCCUCCCCAGUAUCCAAGGCUGCUGUUUUGGACACCUUCCAAGGUGCCAAGGUUACUGAAUUUUUUGAACAGCAAUCUGAAGCCUCUGACGCUUUCAUCUCGGAUGACGAGCUUUUUGAAAGCCUUGAGGAGCUGUACAGCGAGUUCAAGAAGUCCUACACAGCUUCCUCCAAAGCCCCAGUUUCCAAUGAAGCCGCUUCUUUUGCUUAUUCUCCAAAUUCUGGCUCCCUUCCCCUGGGCCACGGAUGGCUUUACAACAACGGCAUCUACACCAUUCCUGAGGAAGACGAACCUGAGGAGAUGCCACAAACUGAAAAGUUCAACUGGACUUUGACCACGGCGCCUGGUGCAACUCUGCCCCGCUGUGAGCCAGAGUGUCCAAAUCCUGAGGUUUCUGGAGUUCAGAAGCUUUCUGGUGGUGGACAUUCUGAGGUUAUGGAAGUUUCACAAUCUGAGACUUUGCAAGCCAAUUUGAACCAGGACUGUUCCCCCAAUUCCGGUUCCCAGAAGCCUGAUGGUUCUGAUCCUUCUCCAUCAUCGAGUACUCAGGACCUCCCAGCUUCAACCAACCUGGCCUACUGUCUAGAGGACUUCCCAUUUUUUAGACACGUUUUGGCCCAGUCGCCCAAGGAAAGCUUUCUUCCUGGCGAUUUUUUCAAAUUCCGGGAGCUCUGCUACCCGAAGAAGGCUGCCACCUUUUUGCCGGGUGAAUGCUUCAGACUUUGGUCGUUGAGGGCCACAAAGAGAGGUCCUAGAAGACUGAGAAGACGUGCUAGAGCUUGA